UGUUUACAUUUAGCAUGCUCCAGUAACUGCUGGUCCUUUCAAGACUUUUCUUUUACCAAAGUAAAAGUACUAUUUUCACGAAAUUGUCAUCAAGAAAGAACAUUUUUGUGCGCAAAAGGCCUCGUUCAAUAUCAAGCUUGUUCAUGAUUUCGUAAUCUAUUCUUAUUCGGUAGUCACAUUGGCAAACAUGAGAUCUUUCUCCAGUUUAACAACUUCGAUUUAUCUGGGUACUUUAUGGGAGCUGUAGAGAGCAGUACCGAGGAAAACAGCGUCAUACGAUUUGUCGACUCUGUGGAAAUCAGGUACGGAGAAGAUACUUCAAUUGUCACACAGGAAAAUGGUUGGAACGAACAUGUCUCUGGGGAAGAUUGGAUAUCACACGUUCCCAAGGUUGACGAUUCUCAUGGGAUUGCCACAGUUGCUCCCGCAGACUCCAUGCUGUGCGAGGGAUCCUAUGAAGACUAUGAAAUUAUUGGCGACACCGCUGUACAAACAAUCGAACAAGAAGAAUUCGGAAUAGUAGGAACCACCACGUCAGAUCUUAACUUCGAAGAAGAUCAUUCACCUGGACUGAAAUACAACAGAAGCUCAAGAAGGACGUCGUGUAAAAAGAAACCGAUCGAAGCUCUGAAGGUCCAAGAUGGCGGAAAAUUGAGGUCGCGUGACUGUGUUCUUCUUUCGCAUAGCUCCUCUAAGCUUGCGUCGUUAUUUGGCCAGGAUAAAGCGUCAUUUUUAGGAGGGAAUGAAUCCUUGACGUACACUGCUCCUAAACAGCCAAAGAAAGAAAAACCAGCUGGAGCAUCACAAACCAGUAGUGGAGAAACAACACUCUUGUUUGCUACAGCAGUCCAUGCAUAUAAAUAUGUCAAUGGCCAAUAUGCUAGUCAGGGAAAACUGGGUGCUGCAGUGUUAGCCAAUCAUCCUGCAAAUGAUUACCGGAUUCUCAUUUAUGCAUCCAAACAACAGCAAGUUACCACAGCAAAAAUCCAUGGAAAUUUUUCAUUUACGGUUCAAGGGAGUAAUUAUGCAAGUUUUUAUGAUGACCAGAGGCAGACAUGGUCAAUUUGUUUUGAAUCAGACAAGAAUAUCACAGAUUUUGCCAAACAGGUUGGGUUAUUGAAAUUCAAUUCUGCUUCAUCAAAUCUUUGCACACAAGAUCUCUCCCCUGGUGAUGGACUUACACUGAGACAGAUAAAACAUUCAAAUUCAAAACAGGGAAAGGGAAAGUCAUCAAGGGAUGGGAACAGGGAGUGAUAGGAAUGAAAAAAGGUGGAAAGAGGUUGAUUGCCAUUCCUUCUACUCUGGCUUAUGGAGAAAAGGGUGUACCUUCCAGAGUGCCUCCCAACUCCUCUCUAUUGUUUGAAGUAGAGGUUUUAAGGAUUAAGUCCAGCAGAGAGUCAAAUGAAUCCCCAGUGACAGUUCAUGAACCUUCUCCUUCACAAAAUACUGAUCAACUGCCUGACAUCCUGUCUGAGCCUUCUGGUACAACAAGAAAGUCAGAUUCUGUCUCAUCGCUAAGUUCCCCAGGAGACUCUGGAAUUAAAGGUAGAACUGCUUCAAUCACAGAACAGCUUUCGCAGUCUCCAGGGAAAAACACAGAUAAAGCUCGAUUACUUGCCAGGAUGUCCAAGAUGGGAAAAAAUCCAUUAUUCCUUCCUGGAGCUGUGGCUGCCGAACCUGAAAAUGACGAACUGGGAGAGCAGGAGCAGGAGAUUCCAACUCAUGCUGAAGCAAGUGCACCAGAAGCAACAGAUGUGAAUGCAACAAGCCCUCCACCCUUUAGCUCUAACCCUCAUCCUAGUGUGCGCUCCAAACCCCUUCUUCCUCCACGACCAGCACCCCAAGUUCACCCUGAGGUCCAUCAGCCAGUUCAUAAUCCAGCACCUCCUGCACAACCAUACCAGCAGACUGCCAUGAACCCACAACCAAUGAUGCAGCCAGCUUUCACACCACAACAGCAAGUUGCUUUGUAUCAGCCUCCAGCCAGCAUGGGGUAUCCCAUGAUGGGACCGCAGCCACAGAUGAUCACUGCACCAUAUUCAGCCCCACCCCCACCCCCUCCACCGCAGCCUACAGCUAAUGACGCAAUGGUUCCAGUGCUUAUGGCAGAGACACGACAGCAGCAAGGCGAAAUACGCAUGUCUAUCGGCAAGCUAUCAGACAAGAUUGACGAGCUUUCGAACAAGGUUGAGCGUCAUCAACAGAAUACAGGACAGCUUGGUGGACAGCUCACUCAGGUUGGACAGAUGGGAAUCGGUGCAUUUGGUAAUCCACAAGCGGCAAUGGAAGCUGCUGUUUUAGUUCACAACAUUACCAGAAUUGUGCAGGAAAAUGAAAAGGUAAAAGCUGAAGGUUCUGAAAAGUCCAGGAAGAUUGAGACGCUCAAUGACAAGAUAUCUGAGUUGCUUCAGAAGAGUCAGAGGUUUGUUGAACAUAGCAACACGAUGUUGGAACAAAGAAGUGAUUCUCUACAGGUUAACACAGCACAGUCACAAGCAAGGGUAUUAUCGCUAGAACAAGAAAAGAUUACCAUGAGCAGCGAGCUGACAUCAGCCAAGACGCAUUUGGCAGCCCUCCAGAACGAAGUAGCGUCACUCCGUCAGAGGGAAGCAGAACUCAGCGGCCAACUCAGCAAGGCGACAUCAGAAACUGACAAAUACAGGAAUGACCUGAUGCGUGCUAAAGACUCGCACACGGAAAGUGCAGAAGAGAGCGACAAGCUGAAACUGUCUCUUAAAGAGGAAAAACAGACAAGGAAAAGGCUGGAAAGCAAAGUGGAGCACAUCGAAGAGGAGUUGAAUGAUUUAAAACACGAAAAAGAAAAUUUGGAAAAGGGUCUUACAGAUCGAAAAAAGAAACAUGCCGCCGACAAGAAGAAGUUCGAGGAAGAAUUAGAGGAACUACGAUCACAACAAGAGGAGGAAUUAAGAUUUUUGAAGGAAAAACACAGAAAAGAGAAGCACUCAAGUGGAACGGUAACAGCUCAACAGGUCGCUCAGGCGGAAGCAGAACUUGAAACCAGGUGGACAGAAAAAGCAGAAAAAAUGGUUGCACAGACGGAAGAGAAAUGGAAAAGGAGAUUUCAAGAAGUUACUGAUGAAAAGGAAGAGACUGUGAAAAAACUGGCAGAAUUUCAAGAAAAGGUUUCAACGCUUAAAGCAGGCGACGAUAAAAAGGGAGAAAAGAUCAAAGAUCUCCAAGAGAAAUUAGAAGAUCUCGUGGGAAUACGAGAAAAGUACAAGCGUCUUCAGGAUUCUCAAGGUGACAGAGAUUCGCAGAUAGAAGCACUCCGCUCAUCAGAGCAAGAGCUUGUUGCACUCCAGGCCAAGUACCAAGAAGUUCGGUCCAGAACGCUGAAAAUGAAGGAACAAUAUGAAGAGCGACUUUCUUCCGCCGAAGAGGAACGUGAAUCUGCCGUUUCAGAAGCCUAUAGUAAAGGAUUAAAGGAAGGAAAAGAAGAGAGCGCUAUGAGCAAGGAAAAACCCCCUGCUAACGUGACUGAUGAAGUAAAACGUAUCAUGAACACGUUGUUCUAUAUGCUGAGAAGUGAGUUUGAAGCGAACGACAGUUAUACAGGCUCGGAAGUCAUGGCCGUAAUUCUUAAAACCAUUAAGGAGGUGACCAUGAAACUUGUAAGUGGAAAAUCUUCCAACAAGGAAGAGAGUGAAGAAGAAGAGGAGGAAGAGGAUGAAGAUGAAGAAGAAGCAGAGGAUGAAGGAGGAGAAGAAGACGAAGAAGAAGACAACGAAGAAAAAGAAGACAAAGAAGAAGACGAAAAGGAGAAAGAAGUAGGAAUAGAAGAAGAGACGCUAGUGGGUGGAGAAGCAACAGCGAAAAAGGAGAGCAAAGAAGAAGACUCAGAGAAAUCGGAGGAAGAAGUGAAACCUGAGGAAACUGUCCAAGAUGUUGGUGGUGUAGAUGAAGAUGAAAAAGAUGAAGAGAAGGAAAGUAAUGAGUCGGUUACAGAGGAGGGAGAUGAAAUCGAAGGAACUGUUUUUGAACAAAGCAAAGACGAAGUAGAGUCCAAUGAAAUGAAAAAUGAAGAAACCAAGGAUUUAACACCCAACGGUGAAAUCAAAGAAAAAGUGGAUUCUGUAGCUGUUGGAGAUUCAACUGAUGGUAAUUUAGAAAGCUCUAACGAUAGAGAAAUCAAUGAAAACACUGACAAUUUAGACAAUUCUUCCGAGGACUCAUUUCAAGGAAAUCAAUUGGAUGUUCCUUCUUUAGAGGAACUUUCUGCGGAGACAGCUAAAGACGCCAGAGCCGAUACCUCGGAAAAGAUUGCGCCUUUUGUGUCAGAAAGCGUAGAGGAUCCUUUCAGCGUCUCUGAAGAAAAACGGGAGCAGCGUAAAGAAGAACACGAGACACAAGAUGUGCAAGUGCCCACAUCACAGAGUGGAGCCCCCGGUGAAGCUAAACUUAAGUCACUCUUUGGUGACGAUGAACAUGACGAUGUGGAAUUUACGUUUGGAUCUUUGUCAAAGAAAAAGGAAGAAGAAAAGCCGGAAUCUCCACCGCCCCGUGCUGUGCCACCGCCGUUAUUUGAUGAUGAUGACGAUGACGAUGAUGAUCUCAAUUGGUUUAAAUGAGGAAAAAAAAAAACGUCGCAGUUCUGAUCGAGCAUCGUCACCGGUUUGAAAGUAGUUUUAGACUUUUUUAUAGCCCUUGUCACAGUUUUUGAAGUAUUCACCUUCCUUUCUGUGGUGUUGGUAUCAAGAAAAUCGCACUGCAUGAAUAAAACUGAACACUGACGCACAAUAUUUGAACUAAUUUUGACAAGGGUUAUGGCUCAUCAGUAGUGAGUUCCGACGUCGAUACGUAAAUCAGAAUUCUCUUCGUAUAGUAAAACGGAAAGUCGAUGAAAAACUUUUAAGAGUUCAAGUGUUGGUCAUGUGGAACUAAGUGAUUAUCGCUAUUAUGUAGCAGGCUAUUCCCGAGUUCUACGAAUCAUCUGUAAUAAAAGGAGGGUUAUUGCGAAGCAAUCGAAAUGAAAAUGACCCGUCGUUUUCAUGUAAUUAAACCUCUUUUAUACCUUUUUUUUUUUCAUUUAGUCAGUAAGGUUUGAUGGAACUCGGAAAUGGUCCCUUAUCUUUGCGUUAGCCGAGUGUUUGCAUUGUCAAGUUUCUUCGUAAUCGUCUUUCCAGUUACAAUUUCUAACAGAUUAGUCUUAUAUUUUGAAAUUCGUCGAUUGAUUAAUUGACAUUUGAUGUUGUUAUUUAUUUCAUUUUGUUCGGAUUAAGAAAUUAAUUAGCAAUAAUUCACUAUUAAAAUAUGGUUAGGGAACCAACCAGUAAUCUUUAGGGCUGGUGAAAUAUUUGACUUCCUCACAAGAAAAAAAGACAGAGAAAAAAAAAAAAAGAUGAAUACGUUUAGACACAUGUAGACUCCCUUUUUGGUAAAAUAUAAUUGAACUUAAAUUCAAUAGAACUUCACAGAACGAACUCAAAGUUGAAGUAAAUGACAAAAAAUUUAAAGGGGUCAUGUCUGUUUAGGGGCCGUCUCAGAUUAAACAUGGAGGUAGCCUGGCCACUAAAUGUCACAUUAAAGUUUUAUUUUUCAUAUUUGAAUAAAAAUCUUGAGUUAAUAAGAAUUAGCUUGUUGGAUGAUUGAAAUUACUUGGGUAGUUUAGAUAAAAGAAAGUUUAUUACUGUUUCGCUCCGUCUGCCUUUUAUGACAUGCACGUUUGUUCUGUCAUUUUAAUGUAGAAUAAUGAUAUAAAUUGUUGUUUUUUUCUCUUUUGUGUUUUAGCACGAAAGACGUGGAUGUAGCUAAGUUUCCAACAUCGUAAAAUCUUGAUCUAUGCCAUUUAAUCUGAAAUUGGACCUGAAUUAUGGUUGUUUUGGCAUGUGUUUACAUAUUGAAAGUCUUCAAAAUCUUAGACCCACUCAGUGUAUACUUUUUUCCAGUUGAAGAAGGACGACACCAUAAAAGUUCACUAAACUUAUAAAUUGUUAUGACGGAUAAGCCUUUUUAAAAAAAUAUUCCAGUAAGAUAAGAAAAGUCCAGUUAAAACAGGCGAAAUUAAACACGUGUCAGUUUAUAAUUAAGAUAGUAUCUGUGUAAUAAAAUGUAAAAAUUGGAAUUAAAAUAAGGACAAAUUUAGAAGUG